AGCUGCUGCUAGUAACGGUGCAGAUAUGCCAUUCCUGCAUAUGAUUGUUUCCAUGGUAAAUCAGGCUCGGAGUUAUCUUGUGCUUUUCCGUUGGAUAGACUCGGCCUUUCAUCAAGUCGACGAGAAAAUGGUUGAUGUAUCUAAUGGAAUUGAGGUCUCAGUUUUGAGUCCACAUGGAUGCAAUCAUCCCAUCAUUUUCGUCCAACGAAAUAUGAGCGAUGGAAGUAUAGAAAAUAUCCUUACAAAAAUCCAAAUAAAAACUCCAGUGAACUCGUUUUUGGUUCAAAUACAAUUGUCAAUGCGAAAGGGAUGCAUACAAAAAAGCUCGUAGAGACUUCACAGCUUCAAUAUCGAG